AUUGUAGUUUACCAGUCUAUUUGGAAGGCUCCACCAGAGGGCAACAGGACAAUGGCACUGUGAGAACGUUGACAUCUGAAGUGUAAAGUUACUAAAUUAAUGUAGCUACAUACCAUACCUGUUAAUCAGUAUUUCGAACGCAUGGUUGACGUUUACACGAGUUGUUUAUUGUAUAUUGUUUCUCAUGAUGAAUUAAUUUUCCGUCGCAAUGUCGAAAGCUAAAAUCUCCGCAGAAUGGAGAAAACGCGUAAAGUCCGAAUAUAUGCGUUUACGACAAAUGAAACGCUACAAACGGGCAGAUGAAGUGAAGAUAGCUUGGAAUCAAAAUCGCAAGGUUAUGUCAGAGUUAUUAACGACAGAAGAAAAACGAUGGACAGAUGGAAAAGCAAUGUGGUUAGCCAUGCAAGACAUUCCUCCUCAUGUUUCUUGCAUGAAAAAGGCAGAAAUUACUAGUUCUGAUGGAGAUAUACAGACGUGUCCUGUUAAAAUUAUUAAUGCAGUGACUCCAAUACCAACCAUGUACACUUGGGCACCUAUACAACAAAACUUCAUGGUUGAAGAUGAAACAGUGUUGCAUAAUAUACCAUACAUGGGAGAUGAAAUUUUAGAUCAAGAUGGUACAUUUAUUGAAGAGUUAAUAAAAAACUAUGAUGGAAAAGUUCAUGGAGACAGAGAAUCUGGUUUCAUGGAUGAUUCCAUAUUCGUGGAUCUGGUAAAUGCUUUAGCACAUUAUGAAAAGGAAGACAAAGAAAGAGAGCAAACAAAAAAAGGAAAAGAGAAGGAAGAUGAUAAAGAAAGGAAAGAUAAUGGUAGCAUUAAAACAGAAAAACCAGAUAAAUUACUGGAAGAUAUUAAAAUGGAAAGGAAUCCAUUUCCAUCAAUUCAUAUCUUUAAUGCAAUAUCCAGUAUGUUUCCUGAUAAAGGAAGGCCAGAAGAGUUAAAGGAAAAGUACAUAGAAUUAACAGAAAGAUCGGAUCCAAAUGUAUUACCACCAGAGUGCACACCCAAUAUCGACGGUGUAAAUGCCAAGAGCGUCCCUCGGGAACAAACGAUGCACUCUUUUCAUACCCUUUUUUGUAGAAGAUGCUUCAAAUACGACUGUUUUCUUCAUCGUGAGCCCGACCUGAAACCAUUUUCUGAACCUUGUGGAACAGAAUGUUACAUGCAUUUGGAGGGGAUGAAAGAAAAACUCGCAGCACAAGCUGCCGAUAUCAAAGACGAGGAAAGUGACGAGAAACGCGGAGCUCCUAGGAAAGUAAGAAAACAGGCGAGUGUUGAUUCAGGAAAUGAAGCGAGCAGCGAAGAUAGUAACGAUAGCAAUAAAUAUAGUCAAGGAGGUGGUUGCCAAGAUUUUAAACAAAACGUGAAUAAAGAAACAAAGCCGGAGGAGUCGGUAGAAGAUCAAGCACAGCCGGAGAAUCAGGUGCCGUUUACGCUUCUCGGUCUCGAUAAGCGUGUCAAGACGGAAAACGAACUUUCGUGGACCGGUUCAGAGCAAAGUUUGUUUCGUGCCCUUCACAAAGCCUUUCCUGGUAAUCCAUGCGCAUUAGCACAAAUAAUGUUGACGAAAACUUGUCAGGAAGUGUAUCGAUUCGCGCAGAAAGAAGCUUCGGACAUUCCAGCGAUCGAAAACUUGAAAGACUUUACACCUCCACGAAAGAAAAAAAAGAAGCAUCGACUUUGGUCGAUGCAUUGUAGGAAGAUACAGCUAAAAAAGGAUUCCGGUGCUAAUCACGUGCACAAUUUUGCGCCGUGCGAUCAUCCAGGAAGACAGUGCGACAACUCGUGUCCGUGUAUACAGGCACAGAAUUUUUGCGAAAAGUUUUGUCAGUGUAGCAGCGAAUGUCAAAACAGAUUUCCAGGAUGUAGAUGUAAAGCUCAGUGCAAUACGAAGCAAUGUCCGUGUUACCUAGCCGUAAGGGAAUGUGAUCCAGAUCUCUGUCAGACUUGCGGCGCAGAUCAAUUUCAUAUUACGAAGAUAUCUUGCAAAAAUGUCAGCGUUCAACGCGGUCUGCAUAAGCAUCUUUUAAUGGCACCAUCCGACGUUGCUGGUUGGGGAAUAUUUCUCAAGGAAUCUGCGGCCAAAAACGAGUUUAUUUCCGAAUAUUGUGGUGAAAUAAUUAGCCAAGAUGAAGCUGACAGGAGGGGCAAAGUAUACGAUAAAUACAUGUGUAGUUUUCUGUUUAAUCUGAACAAUGACUUUGUUGUGGACGCAACGAGGAAGGGAAAUAAAAUACGGUUUGCCAAUCAUUCGAUAAAUCCUAAUUGUUAUGCAAAAGUAAUGAUGGUGAACGGUGAUCAUAGAAUAGGUAUUUUUGCUAAGAGAGCUAUUCAACCGGGCGAGGAACUGUUUUUCGAUUACAGAUACGGUCCAACGGAACAAUUGAAGUUCGUCGGUAUUGAACGCGAAAUGGAAUUUUUGUAACUUCUUACACGAAACGAGUGAAACGAAUCGUACAAUACUGUAAAAAGAUUGUUGAUUAUUAACGAGAAGCGAAAAAAAAAGAAAAUUAAGAAACUAAAUAGUUUCCAUGAUGGGUACCUGACGCCACAAAUUUAUUGGAUAAGCUUUACUUUUCACGCUAUCAAAAUCCAAAUAAUAUGUGAUGGACGAGCUUACGUUAAAGUUGCGAACUCUCUCGUCGCUUUAAUGAUAUCGGUCAAUAAAAUAAAAUAUGUUUUAAAAAGUG